UGACAUGUAGGAGCGGUAAUCUCCUGCUGUGGUCCAGCAGCGUCCUCCCUCCCUCAUGCUCUUGCUCAAGGGCAAAUCGAGGUGCGCCUCUCCCGCCGCUGCGCAGCUGCUGAAGACAGCGCAGCAUCCUCUCCACGCUCGGCGGCUCGGGACCUCUCCUCUGUGGGAUGAAUAGAGAAGAGCGACUCGGGUGGAAGGCAAGAGGACAACUUUCUCGACGCACCUGUGGUAGUUUCAAAAUGUCCAACAUGAGGUGAUUAAACGACCGGCACUUGUUUAGAAUCAGUUUUGUUUGCUGCUGUUCGCUUAACUUUGGAUUGUGGUGAUAAGACGCACUUUUCUUUGUCCUGUUGGAUUGGAGUUUUGGCCCAUCAUGAAGAAUGCGCCUUGAGAAGAAGACAUGGAUUUUGCGCAGAGAGUUUGGCUGUUCCUUCUUCUGAUAUCCGAAGAACUUAACUCUGGAAAUCAUGCUGUAAAUCUCAGAGUUUCAUAUCUGUAAGUAAAUUCUAGUACAGGAGAAUCAGGAUGAAAAGAUGGCAACCAUGCUGUUACCAACGGGUCCUGAUGGCUUGCGGCGGUUCACUCGCGAAUCCUUGGCUGCGCUGGAGCAGCGGAUUGCGGUGGAGCAGGCCAAAAUUGCCAAGGAUUGCCACGAGGCUCACAGGAACACAGAGCCACCCAAACCCAGGAUCGACCUGGAGGCAGGCAAGCAGCUGCCGCGCAUCUUCGGUGACAUCCCUCCAGAACUUAUCGGGGUGCCACUGGAAGACAUUGAUCCGUUUUACUACAAGAACCAGAGGACUUUUAUAGUACUUAACAAAGGGAAGGCCAUCUUCAGAUUCAGUGCCACAUCUGCAAUUUACAUAUUUAGUCCAUUUCACUUCAUCAGAACAAUCGCCAUAAAAGUUUUAGUCCAUUCAUUGUUCAGCUUGUUCAUAAUGUUCACUAUACUGACCAACUGUUUCUUCAUGGCCAUGUCCGAUCCGGGACCAUGGACCAAGUACCUGGAGUAUACUUUCACUGGCAUUUACACUUUUGAGUCCCUGAUAAAAAUAUUAGCGAGAGGAUUCUGUAUAAAGCCGUUCACCUUCUUGAGAGAUCCAUGGAACUGGCUGGACUUCACCGUUAUUCUCAUGGCAUACGUGACAGAAUUUGUCGACCUCGGAAACGUCUCAGCAUUAAGAACUUUCAGAGUACUACGAGCACUGAAAACCAUCUCAGUUAUCCCAGGUCUGAAGACCAUCGUCGGCGCUUUGAUCCAGUCUGUGAGGAAGCUGGCAGACGUGAUGAUCCUGACCGUCUUCUGUCUCAGCGUGUUCGCCCUCAUUGGCCUGCAGCUCUUCAUGGGGCUGCUGCGGCAAAAGUGCAUCCGCAGCCUCGGGCACUGCAUCAACUCCUCCUACAGCCCCAAUGCAUCCUUCAUCUGCAAUAAUAGAACCUGGAGCUCCAGGGCGGACUUCCUCGGCAGCGAAGAUAAUUUUUACAAAGUUGAAGGAGCAAAGGAUGCCUUAAUAUGUGGAUAUGGAAGUGAUGCUGGGAAGUGUCCAGAUGGAUUUGACUGCCUAAAAGUCGGGAGAAAUCCAAACUAUGGCUACACCAGUUUUGAUACCUUCGGCUGGGCUUUUCUGGCUCUUUUUCGUCUCAUGACACAAGACUACUGGGAAAAACUCUUUCACCAGACGCUGCGCUCAGCAGGGAAGACCUACAUGGUUUUCUUUGUGCUGGUAAUCUUCCUGGGCUCCUUCUACCUGGUCAACCUCAUCCUGGCUGUAGUGGCCAUGGCCUAUGAGGAGCAGAAUCAAGCAACCAUCGCUGAGGCCUGGCAAAAGGAGAGAGAGUUUCAGCUGGCUAUGGAGCACCUUCGCAGAGAGCAAAGAUUGGCAGCGAAAAGACAACAAGCACAGGAUACAGACUCAGUAUUGUCCCCGGAGUUGUCUCCAUUCUGUCUGAAGACAGGCAGCAUAUGUCGAAACAACAGCAGAAGAAGAAGAUCUCACAGGACGUUGUCAGAGGAAACAGCAGAGGAAGCUGCUGAAGAGAAGUUUGACCCACUGGAUGAGGCAAUGCCAUCUUUGUCUCCCCCUCCGGUCCACCCUCUGCUGGCCACGCUGUCUUCUCACCCCCUCAGCACCAGGAGAGGAAGCCAAGUGAGCAUCUUCAGCUCUUUCCGGCCACGCAACAACUCAGAGGCAGACUUCGGGGACGACGAGUACAGCAUUCAUGGGGACGCCUUCAGGAGUCGCGCCAGUUCAACAGCAACACCCUGGAAGAGAAGGGCAGGCAGUGUGCGAAGCCAUUGCUCCCAAGUCUUCACCCCCAGCCUUAACAUCAAUGGCCGGCUCAACAUCUCCCUAGAUCAGAACGGAGUAACCACACUAGGCUUACAUUCUCCCACCUCCAUGCCUGCUCACAGCAUGGAGAAAGUCAGGGAAGACACUGUUCCCAGACCUCUCCUCCAGCCUUCCCCGAUAGUGGCUGAGCCUCCUCCGGUGCGAAGGAAAAGAGGGCUGAGCUCUAUCAGCUUCCUCAGCGAUGCCAUGGGUGAGCUGGAGGUGUCGAGGCAAAAGUGCCAUCCCUGCUGGUACACAUUUGCCAAGAAGUACCUGAUAUGGGACUGCUGCCCUUGGUGGCUGAAGAUUAAGGAGUGGGUGAAGUUCAUGGUGAUGGAUCCUUUCCUGGAUCUGGGUAUCACCAUAUGCAUUGUGCUCAACACCCUCUUCAUGGCCCUGGAGCACUACCCCAUGACUGAUGAGUUCAACACAAUGCUUUCAGUGGGAAAUCUGGUUUUCACAGGGAUCUUUACAGCUGAGAUGGUGCUGAAGCUGAUUGCUAUGGACCCCUACUACUACUUCCAACAGGGCUGGAAUAUCUUUGAUGGCAUCAUUGUUUGCCUCAGUCUGAUGGAGUUAGGUCUUUCAAAUGUAGAGGGUCUGUCUGUCCUGAGAUCAUUUAGACUGUUACGAGUCUUCAAGCUGGCAAAAUCCUGGCCCACUCUCAACACUCUCAUCAAGAUCAUCGGAAACUCUGUAGGCGCCCUGGGGAACCUGACACUGGUGUUGGCCAUAAUCGUCUUCAUCUUCGCUGUGGUGGGCAUGCAACUGUUUGGCAAGAACUACCAGGACUGUGUGUGUAAGAUUUCCAUUGACUGCCAGCUACCUCGCUGGCACAUGAAGGACUUCUUCCACUCCUUUCUGAUCGUGUUCCGGGUGUUGUGCGGCGAAUGGAUCGAGACCAUGUGGGAUUGUAUGGAAGUGGCCGGGCAGCCCCUCUGUAUCCUGGUUUUCAUGUUGGUCAUGGUCAUAGGGAACUUGGUGGUGUUGAAUCUUUUUCUGGCCCUGCUGCUCAGCUCCUUCAGCUCCGACAACCUCUCUGCUCCAGACGAAGAUGGCGAUCUGAACAACAUCCAGAUCGCCAUCGGCCGUAUCCAAUCCGGUGUUUCCUGGCUUUCCACAUGCAUCGCCGACCUCUUCAACCGAAGCUUGAAGCGUCGAAAUCAGAAGGCCAAAGAAGCCGGUCAGGCCAUUAAGCUGGUUGGAAAUCACGUGGAAAGCAAUGGUGGGAUUUUUGGACGCUAUGUACAGAAGUACAUCACACCAGAGGAGGACAGCUACAUGACAAACCCAAAUUUGACUGUUAUUGUUCCUAUCGCACCUGGAGAGUCAGAUGUGGAGUUUCUCGAGGAGGAGGAGAUUUCUGAGUCAUCAGAGGACGAAGACAACAAACAGGAGAGGAUUAGCCUAUCAGAGGGCAGCACAGUGGAUCUGAGGAAGCCUGGAGAAGAAAUGGACGACUUGUCAGAGGUGGCUGAAGAAACCAUGGAGCCGGAAGAAUGCUUCCCAGAAUUGUGCAUGAGGCACUGUCAGUGCUGUGCGAUCGAUACCAGCCGCGGUCUGGGCCAGGCCUGGUGGAGGCUGAGGAAGACCUGCUACCAGAUUGUGGAACACAGCUGGUUUGAGACUUUUAUCAUCUUCAUGAUCCUGCUCAGCAGUGGGGCUCUGGCAUUUGAAGAUAUCUACAUUGAGAAGAGAAAAGUCGUAAAGGUGGUGUUGGAGUAUGCCGACAAGGUCUUCUCCUACAUCUUUGUGCUAGAGAUGUUCCUCAAGUGGAUUGCAUACGGCUUCAAGAAAUAUUUCACCAACUACUGGUGCUGGCUCGACUUUCUUAUCGUGGAUGUUUCAUUAAUAAGCCUGGUAGCAAAUUCACUUGGAUAUUCAGACUUUGCUGCAAUCAAGUCCCUGAGGACUCUGCGGGCUUUGAGACCUCUCAGAGCUCUGUCCAGAUUUGAGGGCAUGCGGGUGGUCGUGAACGCUCUCAUAGGAGCCAUCCCUUCCAUAAUGAAUGUGCUGCUGGUGUGUCUCAUUUUCUGGCUCAUCUUCAGCAUCAUGGGGGUCAACCUGUUCGCUGGCAAGUUCGGGAAGUGUGUUAACCGAACAGGCUUCAUCCACAGUGUCUCUGUAGUCAACAACAAGUCAGAGUGCCUCUCUAUGAAUGACACCCAGUUCUACUGGACAAAAGUAAAGGUCAACUUUGACAAUGUGGGACUUGGCUACCUUUCCCUUUUGCAAGUGGCUACAUUUAAAGGAUGGAUGGAAAUAAUGCAUGCAGCUGUUGAUUCAAGAGGAGUAGAGGAACAACCCAUCAGAGAAAUCAACCUCUACAUGUAUCUAUACUUUGUCAUCUUCAUUAUAUUUGGCUCCUUCUUCACCCUCAAUCUCUUCAUCGGUGUCAUUAUUGACAAUUUCAAUCAGCAGAAAAGAAAGUUAGGAGGGCAGGACAUCUUCAUGACGGAAGAACAGAAGAAGUACUAUAAUGCUAUGAAGAAGUUAGGAUCUAAAAAGCCUCAAAAGCCAAUACCCAGGCCUGCGAAUAUUCUCCAAGCCUUCUUUUUCGAUCUCGUGUCCAAGCAAGCCUUUGACAUCAUGAUCAUGAUGCUCAUCAUUGUCAACAUGGUAACCAUGAUGGUGGAAACUGAUGAGCAGUCAGAGCGCAAGGAGUCCAUCCUCAACAAGAUCAACCUGGUCUUCAUCGUGAUCUUCACCACUGAAUGCCUGAUCAAGAUCUUUGCCCUCCGUUGUUAUUUCUUCACAGUUGCAUGGAACAUCUUUGAUUUUGUGGUGAUAAUUCUCUCUAUUGUGGAUUUCUGGCAGAUGUGUCCAUUUCCAGGGAUUGUUCUUGCAGACAUCAUUGAGAAGUACUUUGUGUCUCCGACCCUGUUUCGAGUCAUCAGACUGGCAAGGAUAGGACGUGUACUUCGACUUAUACGUGCAGCCAAAGGAAUAAGGACUCUAUUGUUUGCCUUAAUGAUGUCCAUGCCAGCACUGUUCAACAUUGGCCUCCUGCUUUUCCUCGUCAUGUUCAUCUAUGCUAUCUUUGGUAUGGCGAACUUUGCCUACGUGAAAAAACAAGAUGGGCUUGACGACAUGUUUAACUUUGAAACAUUUGGGAAUAGUAUGAUCUGCCUUUUUCAGAUCAGCACCUCGGCAGGUUGGGACAACCUCCUGAGUCCUAUAAUGGCCAGCUCCCCAGAGGAGUGUGACCUUCACUUUGUCAAUACUGGCACUAACACCCGGGGAAACUGUGGCAGCCCCUCAGUGGGCAUAGCUUUCUUUGUCAGUUAUAUAAUCAUUUCUUUCCUCAUUGUGGUAAAUAUGUAUAUAGCUAUCAUUCUGGAGAACUUCAGCGUUGCAACAGAAGAGAGUACAGAGCCACUGAGCGAGGAUGACUUUGAAAUGUUUUAUGAGGUUUGGGAGAAGUUUGAUUCUGAGGCCACACAGUUCAUUGAGUUUUCCAUGCUGUCAAUUUUCGCUGACAAUUUGUCGGAGCCGCUGCGCAUAGCCAAGCCCAACAGGAUCGAACUGAUCUCCAUGGACCUUCCCAUGGUAAGCGGGGAUAGGAUCCACUGUCUCGACAUCCUGUUUGCCUUCACAAAGCGGGUCCUGGGGGAGUCGGGUGAGAUGGACGCCCUCAAACAGCAAAUGGAAGAGAAGUUCAUGAUGACCAAUCCCUCCAAGAUUUCCCACGAGCCCAUCACUUCCACUCUGCGUCGCAAACUGGAAGAGGUGUCCGCGAUCAUCAUCCAGAGGUGUUACAGGAGGCAUCUGGUGCGCCGGCAGAUGAAGCAGGCAUCCUACCUCUACAGACAAAUAAACUACGAGACUGUAGUGGAUGUGGAGAAUGCUCCAGAAACAGAGGGGCUGAUAGCCUCCCUAAGGCAGCACUAUGGACUUGUCGAGGUGGAGAUUGCCCAGACAACAGAGGACACUCUACUGUCAUCUCCACCAUCUUAUGACAGCGUAACCAGGGCAGCAAGUGACCUCUCUGAGGUUGUCGGAUCAACAUCCAGAGACUCUGAAUUCGGAGAGCCUGGUGAAAACUAUGAGGAAACUUUCCUUUGAGACUUAAUUGUGUGGAGAGUGUGGUUUUGUCUGUUUUGUUUACAGCAGAGAAUAUAGCUCAAAAUAACUCAUGGUCAAAGAGAUAAAACUUUAUAUAAAUGAGUAGAUGCCGAGGAAAUAUGCAAUAUGUUAAGUAACUCAGCUGUUUAAAUUGAACAAUCAAAGUUAAUUUUGCAGUCCUGACCUCCAUGAGAUGAAGUUAAACUUGUAAUUGCUCACACCUUCUUAAAAAUAUACAAUUGCCAGAUUGAAAAAAACAAAUACCUAUAUAAAAACAUGAAUGUCAUGCACCAACAUUCACUCUAAACACCACAUGAUCUGCAGAUUUUUUUCAAAAAUCAGUAAACACCGGUAGUAGUGACUCUUAACCCUCUGACCCCCCCCUUCCCUUGUUGGCUAAAAAAGCAAACUACCAGCCCAGCUUAUUGUGUCCUCUCUAAUAGUACUGCAAACGUUAUGCAUGACAAUUCCAGCUCUGAAACAAUAAUUAAGACGCUAGUCCAGCCUUAACAAUGCAACGAGCAAACAGUGCGGAGUGAGUGAGGAUAAACAGCUGAUUUCUAAAGCUAAAUUCAAAUCCUCCUUACAAAUAACCUCUCUGGCCUACAGGGCCCUGACGGUUCAGAGGAACAGAGGAAACAUUUGUGAAUAUUAAAUUCUUAUUUAUCAUUCUUAUUUAUCAUUUUAAUUUGGUUAAACUUGCAGCAAAAUGUUUGUUAGGUAUGUUUUUACAGACAUUAUACAACUGUGCAACAAGCACUUGCAAAAUAUUUCAUUGGCCAAAGGGUACAAGUCCUCUUCUUGGACCUGUGGUAUUUGUCUAGGUUCAUCAUUUUGCCUCUCCUAAAAGUUGUUAGCUCAAUAGCUAGCUAGCAGACAUUCACUGAAAUGAUUAUACUACAGUUGACAUUGGUUUAUAAUAAUAUAUAUUUGUUGUAAAAAGUCUUAAUCACUUGUUAAGUGAUAUUUGUAUCUGGAGCAAAAAAUCACUUAAGGCAGAGACAAGAGACACCAAAGGGACAAAUGAAAAUUCUGUUCACCUCAUUGACCAAGACAACAGCAUAGGACACUGACAUACCUCUAAAAUUAAUAUUUUCAUAGACAAAAGGAGCUAAGGAACUGAAGUAGCUAACAAUGUAAAGUAAUGUAGCAAAUAAAAAAUGAUUUUAGCUAACAUUUCUUACAGAAAACAGCAUCUGAGAACAGAUUCAAGCAGCUGUAAAUACUAGCCUGUGUUUGUGACGAUAAAAACAUUUGCAUGAAAAUAGGUAUUUUUGUGAGAAAAUGCAGCUAGUUCACAUUUCUUUUGACAAAAACAAUGUUCAGCUGUUUUGAUACUGAUAUAAAUUCCACUACAAGUGCUCAGAGUAUUGAAACACUUUGGUCCACCAACAUGCUGUAGUCAUGCAGCUUGUAUCAUAUUGAACAACACAACCCACCCAACUAAGCUACUACACAGUAGCUAGCAUGCUAUAUUGCUAACAAAUGUUGACAUGAGGAGCGAUUUUGCAUUCAUGACUGCAGCUGCUAUGAAGCUCUCAUUCAGGUGUUACAAAUAUGAUUUUAACCAAAGCUAACAGUUGCUUAUAACAUUUUCAAAUAAAAUGUUAACAUUUUAAAAUGUAUAGAAAAACUUAAUUAACUGUAAACCAGAAUUAUGAAUUGAGAAUAAUUUCUAUUGUUUUGGGAUUUAUUUGUUUAUUUAUUCCUUUGAUAUGCACUUUGAUUUAAUGAAGGUGCGUUAACUGACAGAGUUGUGGCCCCUCGUUAAAUAGCAUCAAGUGUAUUUGGGUCAUGACACAAAUACAGUAAGAAAAGCACAAUUUCUUCCAACCAUCCAUCCGUCUUAGUCCGCUUAUCCGGGGUCGGUGGCGGGGGCCGCAGCUCCAGCAGGGGACCCCAAACUUCCCUUUUCCGAGCCACAUUAGCCAGGUCUGACUGGGGGAUCCCGAGGCGUUCCCAGGCCAGGGUGGAGAUGUAAUCUCUCCACCUAGUCCUGGGUCUUUCCCGUUAUCUCAUUAUUCACAAUGUAAUAUGAAGAAAUUUACUAAAAUGAUUCUACCAUUGUAAUAAAUUUGUCAAACUUAGCACAUUGCACGUUUGACAUGUAUCGUUGUAUUGAUUACAAAGACGAGCUGUGUGUACUAAUAAUCCCUGAAUUAUGUGCCUGAUUUUGAUUGUUGUCCAUGCACUUCUCUGAAUCUCUUUAGGCCAUUUAAUUUUAUCUGAUGGAUGUGGAUUGGAAGAGCAUGAAUGCACUAAAAGCUCAUUUUGUAAUUAACUGUAUAAAGUACUUUGAGGCUGUGUAAUGUAUGUAAAGCUCAUUUUUAACUAUUUUUUGUAAUGUAUUUAUAUUGAAAGACCAUUUCAGUGACUCUCAUGGCAGCCCUAGCAAGAUAUGAUCAAAUUCUAUAAACAUACUGUGCUCAUUUUUAUAUAAAAGACUUUCCUCAAGAGCCUGAUUGUAUUACAUUUAGGUUUAUCAUUUCAUGGAUUGUUUUAUUAAAUGGUAAUAAAACUCUUUUCCAUAUCUGUGGAUUUUCCAACGUGCAGUGCAGACACAUGUUUAACAAUUAUAGAUAUGGUUGUGGAUAUACUGUGCUGUUCUGAAAAACAAGCAAAACUGUGUAGCUUCUCUCCAUUUUCACAUGAGUAACCAGUUAGCUGAUUUGACCUCAUUACAAGGCAGACGCUGUUAAAUCUCUCUCUGACUCCAUGACAUGUGAAUAAAAAACCAGGACAGAUGUGCAAAAACC